UGAGAAAAAUAAUGAGCUUUGAGAAUAUUACAUUGGAAGUGGACCUGGUGCUUCUUCCAUCCAAGUGUGAUUCUUUUUUUUCAUGUUGUCCAACAUCAUCCUCGCUUGCACUGCCAAAUUCAAUCAUUCAACCACCACAAAUUCCUUCCUUCAACUGUUCAACAGUUGGACUUAAAAAAAAAUUCAGUUCUGUGAAGUUGAACUGAAAAUUUCUCUGGAAAUCAAUAAUUUGUAGGUGAAAUUUACCAACUUUCUAUGGUUUUUCAGUUCACCAAUGAGUGCUCUCAACUGGGUAGUUCGCUGAUCAAGCAAUAAAGCUUUCCUCCUCAAUCUUUAUCCAAAGUUUGCUGAAUAUCCUGUGUUUUCAUGCCAUAUUUACUGAUUAUAUGAAGCUUUUGAAACAUGGGUGUUAGAAAAGUUUGAGACUUUACUGUGAGGAAUUGCUGCAGAGGGAAAAAAAAAAUGAGGGGUGCUGUAGUUUUGCCACUGCAAUUUCUGAUAUGGGUUUUCCUCACUAGCUGUUUUUACUGCCAGAAGCCUUCUGUGGUGAAUAUUGGAGCAAUUUUUAGUUUUAACUCGGUUAUUGGUAGAGUUGCAAAGACAGCCAUGGAAGCUGCACUCUCUGAUGUUAAUGCAGAUCCAAGUAUACUCAGUGGGACGGAGCUGAGGUUGCUUAAGGAGAAUACAAAUUCUAAUGUGUUCUUGGGAUCCGUUGAAGCUUUUCAGGUGCUUGACAAAAGUAUAGUAGCCAUAAUUGGACCACAGACCUCUUCAAUGGCUUAUAUGAUCUCUGAAAUUGCUAAUGGUCUCAAAGUACCUCUUGUCUCAUAUGCUGCCACUGAUCCUACUCUUUCUGCUCUCCAAUUCCCAUUCUUUCUCCGAACUACACAAAGCGAUGCUCACCAAAUGGCUGCUAUGGCUGGUUUGAUUGAUUUUUAUGGGUGGAAAGAGGUUAUUGCUGUCUUUGUGGAUGACGAUUAUGGGAGGAAUGGAAUAUCUGCUUUACAUGAUGAACUUGACAAAACAAUGUCAAGGAUUUCUCAUAACUUGGCUUUGCCUGUCCAUUAUAAUUUAAAUGACAUUGCUGAUUUGCUCAAUAAAUCCAGAUUUCUUGGCCCUCGUGUCUAUAUUGUUCAUGUUGAUCCCGAUCCUAGGUUGAGAAUCUUUACUGUCGCCAAAGAACUUAAUAUGAUGACAAGCAAUUAUGUGUGGUUUGCAACAGAUUGGCUUUCUACUACAGUAGAUUCAUUCUCAAUGAACAGAACUUCACUCACUGCCCUUCAAGGUGUAGUUACUUUACGUAAGCAUAUCCCAGAGUCCAGUAGAAAGCGUGCAUUUAUGUCUAGGUGGAAAAAAAUGCAGCAAGACGGUUUAGCAAGUUCUGAGUUAAAUGUCUAUGGACUUUAUGCUUAUGACACAGUUUGGGUUGUUGCACAUUCGAUUGAAAAUUUUAUCAAUGAAAACAGAAAUAUCUCAUUCUCUGUCCUUGAUAAAUUACUUGACAUAAGACCAUCUCAAAUUCAGCUGGGCAAGCUUAAAGUCUUUGAUGGUGGAUCUCUUCUUCGUGAGAAGUUAUUGGAGACACAUAUGAGUGGUUUAACUGGUCACGUUGAAUUUGAUAAAGACAGAAGCCGUGCGAGUGGCAUUUAUGAUAUCAUUAAUUUUGAUCAGAUGAAAAUUCGUACGGUUGGUUUUUGGACUUAUUAUUCAGGUUUUUCAGUUUCUCCCCCGGAAACUCUAAAUAGGGGAAGAAGUAGCUAUUCUCCACUGGAUCAGAAGCUUGACAAUGUCACAUGGCCUGGUGGAAAUACAGAAAGGCCACGCGGUUGGGAGAUUGCAGAUAAUGAAAAACCAUUGAGAAUUGGAGUUCCAAAAAGAGCAAGCUUUGUUGAUUUUGUUACAGAACGGAACAACAGCCAUAAAAUCGAAGGAUACUGCAUUGAUGUGUUCAAUGAAGCACUGAAGUUAGUCCCGUAUGCUGUUCCUUACAGAUUUGAACCUUUUGGUGAUGGCCGGUCCAAUCCCGAUUAUGGUGAGCUUGUGAAGAUGGUUGCAGAAAACGUGUUUGAUGCAGCUGUUGGGGACAUUGCAAUUGUGAAAAACCGGACAAUGAUUGUGGAUUUUUCUCAGCCCUAUGUUAUCACCGGGCUAGUGAUAGUGGCACCUAUUGACAAUUCAAAGUCAAAUGCUUGGGUGUUUCUCAAACCAUUUUCAUUGGAGAUGUGGUGCGUGACUGCAUCUUUCUUUGUGCUAAUUGCUGUGGUAAUGUGGGUUCUUGAGCAUCGAGUCAACAGAGAUUUUCGGGGUCCCCCUAAGAGGCAGCUCGCUACAAUCUUUACGUUCAGCUUUUCAACCCUAUUUAAGAAAACUCAAGAAGAAACUGUGAGCCCGCUUGGGCGAAUGGUGAUGGUGAUAUGGCUUUUCCUAUUGAUGGUGAUCAUAUCAAGCUAUACUGCAAGCUUGACUUCAAUCCUUACAGUUCAGCAGCUUUCGAUACCCAUCACUGGAAUUGAUAGUUUGAUUGCAAGCAAUUGGCGUAUAGGCUACCAAGUAGGGUCAUUUGCUUAUAGCUAUCUGACUGAUAGCCUCUACAUUCAUAAGUCGAGACUUGUUCCACUAGGCUCCCCAGAGGAGUAUGAAACUGCACUGCGAAAAGGGCCGGACGAUGGAGGGGUGGCAGCUAUUAUAGAUGAGCUUACUUAUGUUGAAUUAUUUCUUUCAAGUCAAACUGAUUUCGGAAUUAUUGGUGACACAUUUACGAGGAGCGGAUGGGGAUUUGCCUUUCCAAGAGAUUCUCCCCUUGCUAUUGACAUUUCCUCUGCAAUCUUGAAACUUUCGGAGAGUGGAACACUUCAGAAGAUUCAUGAGAAAUGGUUCUGCAAGAUGGGUUGUCUCAGUGACAAGAAGUCCGACGAGUCUGAUCAACUCCACUUGAUGAGCUUCUGGGGUCUAUACCUAUUAUGUGGCGCCUUCACUCUCGCUGCGCUUGUAAUCUUUCUGCUAAGAGUUAUACACCAAUUUGUCCGCUACAAGAAGCAGCGCGCAAACCAUCUCUCUUCACCUUUGUCAUCAAGCUCCUGGAGUUCUCGAUGGUCUCAAGUCAUGAACUUUGUUGGCUUCAUCGACGAGAAGGAAGAAGCAAUAAAAAAAAUGUACACUCAGGGUGACAGUACCCAAGGUCAUGUUAGCUGAUAAAUACUUAGAUCAUGAAAGAACAAGCUUGCUUAUGUUAGUUCAACUUUAGAAUUCUGAUCAUUUACUAUAUUACAACACAUAUUAAAAUGGCAUGUAUAUAUCACUUUUCCCCUAA